CGCGCACCCCAGGCCGUACUCCAGGGCAGGGAACAGGCGCACGCCAGGUCCGUGGUCUGUGUCCCGCCCGGGCCGGGGGCGGCGGGCACAGCUGCCCGCGUUCCGGCGGAAGGGGCGGGCGGCAGCAGCAGCGUGGGGCCGCCAUGGGCCGCAAGAAGAACAAGAAGGGUCCGAGCGGCCGUGAGAGGCGGCUGGUGGUGACUUUCGACGAGGAGCGGCGGAGGGAGUACCUGACCGGCUUCCACAAGCGGAAGGUGGAGCGAAGGAAGGCGGCGCUGGAGGAGAUCAAACGGAAGCUGAAGGAAGAGGAGAGGAAAAUUAAAGAGGAGCGGCACCAGGAGUAUCUGAAGAUGCUGAGCGAGAGGGAGGAGGCGCUCGAGGAAGCUGAUGAACUGGAGCACUUGGUGACAUCGCGGACAGAGUCUGUGAACAUCGACCAUCCAAACCACAUCGUAACAGUGACCACCAUCAGUGACCUGGACCUCUCGGGGGCACGCCAGCUGGGACUGAGCAGCCCUGUGGGAAAAACUGAUGGACCUGAAGAAGAGAAAGGGGAAGAGGUGGAGAACAAGCCUGUGAGAACGAUGCCCAAGAAGUCCAGAAACCCUUUCCUGUCUGAAAAAAUCUCAUCUCUUACUGCCACGCUGCACAUGCACAGCCAGAAGAAGACAAAAAGAAAGAGAUCCCAACGUGGGCAAGGCCCGCGUAAGAAAAUCCAGAAAUCCAGCACAGGGCGCACCACCAAGACUCAGCGUCGGAGGCUGACUGGCAAAAUAGGCCGUGACCAGGAUUAACAGAGAAAGAGAAACUGAUGUUCAGAUCACCAGCUGGGACAGUGCUCCACAUCUGUCUGGCCUGCUGCUCUUCGGGACCUGUCAUUGUGGGCAAGCACCUUGCUUACGUGGCAUUCUGACUAGCCAAUAACCCAGGCCAGUUCAGCCUUUCUCUUGCCUCCUGAGCACUGGCCAGGGUCAUUAGACACUCUACCCAUUUAUUUUUGCAGUGAUCUCCAGCUAAGUGUCUGGGUACCACAGGAUCUCUUAAAAACUUCUGCUGAAUGUCAUGUUCUCUCUUGGCAUAGUCCUUCUGUCCUUGGCCCCCCCUUUCAAAGCUGAUAUUUGGCUUUAUCAGAGAAGGGGAUCUGGGGCAGAGUGCAACAGGCACUUCAUUGUCAGGGCAAUUUGAGAGACUUUGGAGAGCUCUGCUUGCACUCCUGCAUCAGUACCCUGGCAUUUCUCCUGUGCAGUAAAUCCUUUUUCCAUGGA